UAAUAACCCAAUUACAGAGAAGUGCAGUGUAUAGGCUGGAAAUCUAAUCAUAUAAUGUAACUCUGUAAAAGUUUCAGGUUAAUGCAUGGCGCCGGUGCACGCUGGUCAAGGCUCCAGGUUUAAAAAGUUGUGCUUAAAAGGCUGCUUUUACACCUUAAGUGUUCAGAAGACCACAAUGAUGGGUCUAAGAGAACACUAGAUGUGUUAAUUCACCACUAUUAAUGAGUAGGUGCUCCCUCCUAUCCUCCCCGUGCCCCUCCACUCGCGCUCUUCCAGGCGUUUUCCAAGGUUUCCCAAUGGAUUAAAGCCGGCGCAUUCUGCAGCUCUCAGGUUUCACUCUUCACUACGAACCUACGAAUCCGGAGGGACUGUCCUUCUCAAGCAGUCAAGCCCCACUGCUGAGGUUUCCUUCCUGGGAGAAGAAUGUGAACUUGUAAAGUUUUGCAGCGUUUUUGCAGCCUCGAAGUUGAAGUGGAACUCCAAGGUGUGCACGGUGCGAAAGCGCAACACGGGGCUCUGCAACAUUUCGUUUACACACACACACACACAUACACACACACACACACACACACACAGCCUGCGGAUGUAAAUAAGAUAUGAAGAGGCUGAGGACAAAAAGAGAGAGUGGAAUAAUGAAGCAUGCGUUCGGGUUCUGCAGCCUGCUGCUGUCUCAUGCCAUAGGAAUGAGGAUGAUGAUGUGGCGAUGAAGGAGAAAUGUUCGCAACCACGGACAGACCUGUGUGAUCUCUAAACAGCUGGAACAGCUUUUGUGAUGGCCCUGGGAGGAGAGAUGAAGCUGAAAGUGAAGCGGCGCUACAUUGUGGUCUUUCUGUCUCUCCUCACCCUGUCAGCAAUGAUGAUAAACACAUAUUCACCUUUGCCCUGUGAGCAGAAAUGUUUGCUAUCACAAGGGCCUCACCCAAACGAACCUACUGAGACAGAAGCAAGGGACUCUAAGCAUCUAACCCUAAACAUUCAUAGGGGAUCUUGGAAGCUUUCUAAAAAGAAAACUUCAGAAAAGCACAUACUAUUAAUUGACCAGCACCAACAAAGAGGAAGUCAACACCAGGAAAAUGUCCAGUUUCCAUUCAGAAGUAAUGGAAAAAGAACAUAUGUGAAACGAAAACAAGGGUCUUAUCAAGGCAGAAACAGGCCAUCUACCCAGACAAAUAUGGACAAUACAAAUGAAAGAUUGUCCAACCAACCAGGCAAUGGCAUUGACUCCAAAUAUGCCAGUCAUCUUCAUAUUCCCAGACAUGAUCAAACCAUACCUCAGUCUGCCAGCAUGCAUUCCCUCCACACAGACAUUAAGCCAUGCAGGCACAAAUGCACUCCAGAUGGGCCAAAACCAGAGGGGCUGAAGUGGAAAUCUAGUGUAGGACUGUCUGAAGAACUUGAAUGGGCCCCAAAAGUAACCAAAACCUAUGAAAGACAAGCACAUAUCUCUGAGAAGAAGCGCCACUCCAUGGUUGAAAACAACCGAGUCUCUGGAGAAGGGGCUGAGGGGAUGGACUUCAUGAUUAGCUGGUGUAAGACUUUGCAUGAUAAGCAUUUCAGUGAAGCUUGGGACCAAACUAGAGCUGAAUCUUUGCCUUGGUUUAGCAAAGAUGAUAUAAAGAAGAUGAAUUUCCUUGCCAGAGGCACUGUAUUGAGUAAAGACAGAAUUCCAGGUCAUGGCCAAGUGCUUCAAGUGGGACUCGGUGGUUGCAAUGAAAACACUGCUCCACCAAUGGGGGACCAUAACAGACUCUGCCAGACAGGACAGUGUGCCCUGAUCAAGCGCUCAAAUGACUGGUUUGAAGUUCUUGCGUUUCAUUUGGAUAGGGUCUUGGGUUUGAACCGCAGUCUUCCAGCUGUGCUAAGGACCUUUCAUAGUGAUCUAUUGCCAUAUAAAUACACAACUGGUUUGGCAAGACCUGUGGUGUGGUGGGACCCAGAUAUUCAGCAUCUAGCUGAUGAUGAUAAUGACCAGAACUCUUUUUCCCUCACAUGGCCCCAGUAUCAGGAUCUGCUAAAAGCAAGAUGUGGGAUGCAAUUACCUCUGAAUUCAUCAGCGUGUGUAGGUGUACAUCAUUCAGAGUGGGGAAGACUGGCACUGUUUGACUUCCUGCUACAGGGGUCACCACAGCGGACCAACUGGUCUGCACAACAACUUGGCACAGGUCUUACGCCAGAUGCCCUUCCUGACGCAAUUUAUCCGGGCUUGGGACCAGCACUGCAUCCAGUGGCUGGGGUGUGGGCACUGGCUGGGACUCGAACCCGGGCCUUCCACAUGGUGAACGACAGACUGGACCGUUACUGCUGUGGGUUCCAGCCCGACCCUGCUGAUAUGUGUGUGGAGAACCUUCUCAAUGUCAAAUGUGCAAACCCUAAAGAUUUAAUGCUGGUGCAUAUUCUGGUUCGGAGGACAGAUCCCUCCAGACUAGUCUUUAUAGAUAAUGCAGGCAGGCCUCAUCACCCACAAGACAACCUCAACUUCAGACUGAUUGAGGGCAUUGAUGAGUUUCCGGAGAGAGCCAUGUCAGUGCUGCGGUCUGGCUGUCUGGAGCAGCUGCUCCUGCGCUCGCUGUCUGUGGAUAAGGAGCUGUGGGAGAGUCAAGGAGGAGAAGCAGGGCUCAGAGCCACCAUCCACACAAUCCAGCACAGAGCUCAAAUCCUGCUGCAGCACACCCAGAACAAGAGAAUAAACACUGAUCUGUGAAAAGACACCUGUUUAAACGAACUUAUGCUGACUACAUGCAGGCAAGUUAAAAGUUGGCAGAUUGUGAUUUUAAAAAAAUUACUAAUAGGUUGUGAUAUUUGCAGCUGCUGCUGAAUAGUGUGAAUAAUAAUAAUAAUAACAACAGCUGGGUGCAGUGCACUUACAAGUAAAUAUUUCAUCUAAUAUUGAUAUUGACCAUUCUCAAGAAUGAAUCUGGGGUGUUUUUAUAGUCUUUUUCCACUAUCCUCAAAAUUCUUUGUAGAAAAAGAAACUGGUAAGCUAAACUAAAAGUAAGGCAUCCUUGUCCUAUAUUUGAUUUAGGAAAUGUGGGACACAAACUUACAUUUACGAAAAACAUCAUACAGUAUACUAUUGAGAUGUGAGACUGUUUUGCAGAAACAAAUUUAGUCUGUUGAACAUUGCUGUGUGCUCAGAAUCCUUGGAGAAAUCUCAUCAUGCAGUCCAAUGAUUCACUCUCAUCCGCUGCUCUGAUCUAAUCUGAUCUGUUCUGGCAGUCUAGAUUACAUCUUCUUUUCCUAAUUGAAGUUAUUCUUAAUAACGUCAAAAAAAAUAACAACUAUACAAAAUAAUAAUGUUAUGUUAUUAUUUAAUGGAAGCAGAAAUCAGUAAUGCAUGAUGCAUAAAAGACUACACUGACUGGCUCAUUUCCCAGGUCAAGAGAUUACUAUUAAUGCAGUGUGUUAAAAACAUAUGAAGUGAUCUUUUUAAUUUAAAAAGUUGUGUACAAGGAGUCAUCAGACUGCUAUAAACUGAUCUGUUUUAUAUAAUAUAUUCUUGAUAUCAUAGCAUUAUGUGAAUACUAGUUUGUGAUCAUGUGAAAACAGUUAUCUGUAGCGUACUCAGACUUUUGGACCGUAGUGAGGUCGAAUCUGCCGUUCGGCUGCUGCAGUACGAACAGGAAAACAGAGAGAAUGUGGUCUUCUGUAGAAAACUGAAGAGAUGCUGCUGGGUAGAAAGGCAUGUCUAAGAAAAGAAAUACUGUGUCAGCAUUUCUACUGCGACAAAGAGGGUUAACUCUUUCAGUUGUACAGCUUUACUCAGUUCAGCCAUUUCCAAAGAUAAUCUGGUGCUAAACAGCUAAACACAUUUUCAGCGUUUUAGCUGAGGUAUAAAGAUUGGUUUCUGGUUUAGGAAAAACAUGAAAUAAUCUUCUUUCUGUUCUUAGCAUGGGAAAAAAUUGUUUCUUUUCAUACGUAGUAAUUGACUUGAAUAGUUCUGAUAUGUGAAACUUAAUAAAGUUUCCCU